AUGGCCACUCCAUCCUCUCCAUCGAAUCCGGGCCUGGACCAGCUGGUUACCGUCAAGGUUCUCUAUAACGACAGUAACCGUCGCUUCAAACUCCCGCUGAAGGAGCUCAAGGCUCAGGUGUUCCCUCAAACGCUCCGAACCCUCCUCGGCGUUCCGGCGGAUGUCAACGUCAUUCUUGAACGCUAUUCCGACAGUGCUGGCUCCUACAUUCGCCUGGACUGUGACAACAUCGCAGUUUACAAACAACUCUAUCGAGCUGCCAAGGCAAAGUCUAAGCUCAGAAUUAAGGUCACAAAGGUCACUGUCCCCAGUCCCACCGUCACAGAGCCCGAGAUGUCCUCGGAGCCCUCGGCCCCGGCCGAAGAGCCCUCUGUGUUAGAGCAGCCUCGAAACAGCUUCCUAGACACUGUCCUGACUCCGGCCUAUCAGGAGGCUCACAUCAAGAGUGUUGUUCUUCUCAACACAAGUCAACCUCCCAAGGAGCUUCCUAUUGGUCAGCCUCGUUUGCGCAACUUCGAGUUGGAUGAAGAGAAGCACCACUUCCCUCUUGUCUCUCACAACUCCGUAAAUGGAAUGUUUUGCAUCGACUGCAACAACUGUGGUCGCUCUAUUGCAAACGAGCACUACCACUGUAGUAUUUGUGAGAACGGCGACUACGACAUGUGCCCACGCUGUGUCACAGACGGAGCCUCCUGCAACGGCGAUGGUCACUGGCUGAUCAAGAGAUUCGUUCAGGAUGGCGUUGUUACUAACAGCACCACCGAGACUAUUGCUCCUCGCCCUCAGUUUCCAGCCAAGUCUGAGGUGAUUACCAAGCCUCACGUCCCCCUGAAGACUGAGCUUGUCCAGACCCAGCCUCUACCCGAAACUAUCCCUGAGCCGGUUCUCAAGUUGGAUGUAAAGCCUGUGGACUCCUUGGAUGCUGCAGUCCAGGGCGAAGAGAAGCCCAUGUGCAAUGGCUGCUGUCGUGAGGCUGAUGGCAGCUAUCUUGUCCGCUGCAACGACUGCGAAGACUACGACUUGUGCCUUCGUUGUCUUCUUAGGAACAAGCAUGGUCACCAUCCUGGCCACACCUUCCACCUUGGCUCUGACCGCAACUUCUCCUUGAAAGAUCUGAUCACUUCUCGCUGUCUUCCUGGUCGUCAAUUCCGCCACGCCGCUGUCUGCGACGGUUGUGAUAAGCGCAUUGUUGGCGUUCGUCACAAGUGCUUGGCUUGCCCCGACUGGGACUUCUGCCCUGAGUGCAUUGCUACAGCACCUGAGAACCACCCUGGCCACCGCUUCGUCAAGGUUUAUGAUGCUAUUGGUGAGGCUCCUCGUGAACACGAAAUCCACUAUGGCAUCUUCUGCGAUGGUCCUUUGUGCAAGAACAAGCCUGCCCAAAGCUACAUCAGCGGGGUUCGCUACAAGUGUGCUGUCUGUGAUGACUGCGACUUCUGUGCCAGUUGCGAAUCUCUCCCAACUGACCACCACAACCGCACUCACCCACUGGUCAAGUUUAAGACCCCUGUCCGCAGCGUAACUGUGAGCACCCUGGGUGAUGACGGCUCCAAGGGAGCACUUGCCCUCGGCGAUCGUUGCCAAAGCCACCGUUGGGAAAACACUGCCGUUGAUGAGCAGGAGCCUGUUGAAGUGGCUGCCAAAUCCGUGGAGAUGCCCAAGCCCUUCAAGCCCGAGGCCGAAGCUGCCUCCAUUACACAAGAUUAUAAUGCAGAGUUCCUCAAGGAUACUAUUGAGGAUGGCACAACUAUGAAGCCAGGCAAUGUCUUCUCACAGACUUGGACUCUGGUCAACAACGGCCAUGCCGCAUGGCCCGUUGGCUGUGACGUACGCUACGUUGGCGGAGACGCCAUGUUCGAUGUCGACACCACCCACCCCUCCGACACCAUGUCCCUCUACUCGGCACAACAGAGCAACAAGCUGUUCGCCCCUGUGGAGCCCGGUCAAUCGGCCGAGUUCACUGUGAACCUUCGCGCCCCCGAGCGGGAGUGCAAGGUCACUUCUUACUGGCGGUUGAAGCUCCCCAACGGCAUGGCUGUUGGUCACAGCCUGUGGUGUGAGAUCCAGGUGCAGGAGCCUGUUUCCGCCGUGACCGAGGAAUCUCCGGUGUCCGAGAUUGGCGGAAGUGGCAUGAUCUUCCCCAAGCUCGAGAAGGAAUCCCCCGAGUCCAGCACCAUUCAAGAGGCCCCUGCUCCCCAGGCUCCCAGUCUCUCUAACUCCUCCGAAGCUGAUGUGGAGGAUGUUGAAAGCCUGGCUCUUGACGAUGUCAGCACCGACGCUGGCUUCCUGACCGACGAGGAAUACGACGUCCUCGACGCCAGCGACCAAGAGUUCUUGGAGGCCCAGGAGUCUGCGCACUAG